CCCGCGUGAACCCGGCGGAAAAAAAGGAGCAAAAGCGACCACGGCGACGUCUGGGGCAUCCAAGAACCUCACUCGACCUGUCACCGUAGCACCCAGCAUGGCCGCCCGCCGGGUGCCGGACUCCAUGCGGACGAGCGCGGAGGACCGGGAACAAGGAACACUUGGGAGUAGAAUGAUGAUGUCUUCCCGAGGACCGGUAACUGAUAUUAACGACGCUGCACAACAACCACCAAAUAACGGCCGUGGACAACCUUUCUCAUCUGCUAAAGCCGCAAGUAGCAGCAGUGCGGACAAGACAAACGACGCCAACAGAAGAACGCCGACGCCGAAGCAGGGAGACCAACGAAACGGACUGACUAUGCAUUGCAAAUGCAAAAGCAUCGUACUAGUAGAAAGCGCAUGACAAAUUCGUUCAGCAUGACAAAUGGAAUUUGUCAUGCUGUUUUCCCUUGGGAUGGAAGUUUGUAAUGCAUGAUUGCGAUAAUUACUACGAGUGCGAUACUUUUAUUUUUGCACAGGAUACUGACUUUCAUGUACGGGAAAUGGGUGGACAUGGAACGCUCGCUGGUCAAGGAUGUGUUCCCCCCCGAAGUCGUACAAGAAGUGCAGGACCAGCUGAACGCUUACCGGGCGGAAAGAGUAUCCUGUGCAAAAGUAUCGUACUCGUAGAAAUUGCAUAUGCAUUACAAAUUUUUUUCUCAAGGUGAAUCCGCAUUACAAAUUUUAUUUCUCAUGCUGAGAAAAUUUGUAAUGCAUUCAUACGAGUACGAUACUUUUGCAAUUCAUAAAGAGCCGCCACGGACCACUCCUACGCACAGGAGCUGCGGGAGCGCGAGCGGAUCCAGGGGACAUUGUGGCAGAAGAGGUACCAGGAGCUAGAGGAAGAUUUCAAAACCCUGGACCUCGUGGCAAAAACCGAUCUUCGAGAAUUGCCAUUGAAGGUGGGACAGGCCGCCAAAUUGCAGGAGGGUAACCGAAGCAUCAAAGGCAGGGAACAACAACAAGAUUGGACCAUUUUCUGUCCGGAUAGCGAGACCCGGAAUCGGUGUCUCACCUAUCACACCCUGUUCGUCGACGCGCCCGCACUGCGUGGCAUACCAGACGAGAAGUGGCGGGUGCCGGGACAGCCGGGCUAUUUGGUUCCCAAGGGGAUGGCCGGGCGGCGCAUGAACAGCAGGGACGAGGAUGUGUAUGGACCGGAAGGAACUUCUACUACGAGUGUAAUAUUAAAGCAGCCACAACUGGAUGGGAAUGAUCGCGAGAAAAGGAGCAGCAACGAACAAGACGAGGAAGCGCAGAUAAACCCUGUUGACAACUUCAACUUCUCGCAGGUCCAGCUGACCGACUUGAAGGCGCUGAAGGUGAAGUUCACAGACUGGGCGCGGUGGGCGGUAAACAGCGGAGCCUGGACCAUGACCAGGAGGGGAAAAAAACUGGCGUCGUUCGAAGAAGCGAUCAAAAAGGAUAGAAAGACAAAGCCGGUAUGAAAUAAAAACGAAAUUUGGUCGUGGUCGUGUGUGUGUAUUGCUGUGUCUGUUUAUGUAUGAUGAAUUCUCGACAUUGCAACACUUCAUUAUGUGAUUCGACCACGACAAGAAUCUAAUGCUUCGUGGUGUUGCGGUCUAAUAAGGUGUGCAAGAAGAUGAUGAAAGACAAAGAGUAUAGAGAGAGAGACGACCUGAUGUCAUGUGUGACUCGAAUCCUGAGUGUGGUUCUUUGUCAUGCUUGCAUUUAUUGCGAGUAGGGGACAACUUCGACUUCCUGAUACGACACAGACAGACCCUGCUUUCGAUUCCAUACAACCCGGCAGCUCCUACAAAUCAUAAUAUGAUGGAAGUCGACGACCAGUACCAGCAGCAGGGAGCGGAAAAUGAAACUAAAGCCGCUGAGCACGACACAAAUGCUCUAGCUCAUGUUCAUCCAGAGGACCUCCACCCCACAAGAAGGACAAGAGCUGUCCUGGGCGGGCAAGGACUAGAAAAUGAAAACAUGCAGAAAGAAAAUCAGGAACAAAGACUGACAGCAGCGUCUUCAUCCAAAGGGGACAUUUAUUCUUCCGACGAAGACGAGAGUCUGCCUCUGUGGCCUCCCCGGUACCUGCGUUACUCGUCUGAGGAGGAGGAUUUAGAUUUUACAAGCGAGGAGGAGACCUCCUCCGGUAGUGACGGGGACGAAAUCUUCAGCGACGGGGAGGAAACGAGUAGCGACGAAGAACCUGCCGGGGAAGAGAAUCAGGAUAUUGAGCAGGCCGAUGUGGAAAUGAAUAUUGACCCGGCGGCACAACCACAAGAUACGAAGGUUCAAGACAGUACUUCCGCUUUUGUCUACAUUCGGAACAAAACCACGGGGAAGACGAAGGUGAUAAAGCGCGGGGACCUUCACAAGUAUUGUCCGAACUACAUAGAAGAUCAUAGAAAGAUGUUGACUCGAGGUGAAACUGCAGCUGCCGUGAAGAAGCCGAGGCCAACACGCGAAGAGGUUGUUGAGGCUGCAAAACGCGAGAGAGCGAAGCGGGAACAGGAGCUAACCUAUCAAAUGUAAAAAUGUCUGGGUCUGGAAGAUUGCGAGAUUUGUCAUGCAUAUUUCGGAUCACGCAAAUGGCGUCUGAUGCAGGCGAAAGCAUCACAGGCUUGAUGCACGCCUCAUGAUGCCUGUCCCGCAUGAGAAACUUCCUACUUGCGUGCCAAGAAAUGGACAGCUUUUGGCGCUCAUGCAACACAAAUUUUUGUGUGUUCCAGAGUUUGCAUCACAAGUUCCAACCCUUCCAGACCCAGACACUUUUACAUUUGAUAUAACACGGCAGCAGCGGAUGUUCGCGAUUUUUCAAAACAUGUAUGAAACUGCACAACUUUCCAGCCUUCCUUUCAACAUUUGUCAUGCAAAAUACCGAAUCCACGUGACGUCCACCUCUUGCCUCUAAAAUAUUCUGCGCAUGACAAGUUUUGAAUGCCCGAACAGAACUACGAUCCAUGUCCGGAUUGGUCAUGCAAAAGCUACACCUGUGGGCAGCUUGUGAUGCUGCUCAUGCUCUACAAAACAGGGGGACGAGGGGGACGGGAUGUGCAGUCUGAUAACAUGCAGAGUGUGGAACAGGAUUGCGCACAGUGCGUGGAGAACACGCAGCUCUUCACGAAGGUCCCGCUGGCACAGUUACUCGUCGCGCAGGAGCGGCUGGCGGGAACGGAAAAAUUACCAAACAACACGGUGGUGAACCAAUUUGGGAGCUACGUGAAAAACGACGACCCGGGAAAGCGGAGUUUGCAGGACAGACAGCGGACAGCACAGGAAAAAGUGCUCCCGUUGCCGUAUGAUUUGUCGCAGCGGCACUUGGACGCGCAGCUGCACGACCGCAACCGGGAACGCUGGAAACCGACCUACUGGUCUUUGGAUGAGAUUCACGAGAAGGCAGCGAGAUUUACGGAGAAAGUGGUAGAGGUGGAAAUGGAACAAGUAGUAGAUGCAGGACGAAAGAAUCAAGUUCAAGGUGGACCACCUCCUCGUCCUGUGGAGGACCACAUGAACAAUAAAUCUCGUGCAGCUCAUCUCCUGUCGGACGGAGAGCAUUCACGUUCUGCGACUUCGGCUGCCAACCGCCACAUCGUCGCGGGAGACACGGGACGACGGGGCUUGCUGUCAAGAAGUGACGCAGUAUCCAAGGGGAGAAACGUGUCUUAGUGAUAGAAUUUGAAGUCAAUGAUCUAUAAGUAGAUGCACAGUUCAUCGCAUUGAUGCCCCAGGAGACCACGAACGAUUACGAUUAGUAGGGGCCAGGCUCCUCGUUGCACCGUGGCCCGCACGGUCAUUUGCGAUGUCAGAAUUAUAGGAACACGGCACGAACGAAAUAAGCAAGACACGACUUUUUUCUGUAAUAUACAGGGAAUAAAGGUGACCAGUGUCAAGAUCAACUUGUACGAAACGGUAAAGAGAACGACGACGACGACGGGAAGAUCUUACCAGGUGGCACCACCUGCGUGCGCAAACUCUUUCCCUUCUACCACACCUUCGAAAUAUCCGUCGACCCCGUUUCAUCUGGGAAGAAGAAGUUCCUUCCUGUAGUCGAGAACCUGAUCGAUGAAAACACCUACGACAGCCAGCGGAACCGCGGCGCCAAGAACGCGAGAAUCGUCCGCGUUUUCGAGCGGAACUAUUUUACGAAGGCGUUUCUGUGGGAUGUGCGGAUGGAAGACUUGGCUGCGUCGUGUACUUCGGCAACAACAUCGGGGAUGACGAUGGACCACGACAGUCGUGUCCGAAAUAAUGGGUCAUCCAGCAGUCGUUCUUCAACAGCCUUUGCGUUGAGUGCUGCACUGGGCAACGGAACAGGUGGACCUAACACGUCACCAACAACUUCCGGACGUCGGAUCACCGCAAACUCUUUGCCGGACCGGGAGCGCAGACUCAGUGAGUACCCGGAAAACCUCCCCGCGGGUCCCCCUUUAUGACGCGCUCAGGUGUUACAAUGUCAAUCGUUGCAAUAGAAUAUGGAAAUCUGUGAUGCAAGAGUGCAUGAUAUAGCCAACUUUCAUAGGAUCGCGCAGGACAAGUUCCGGCGCCCCAAACCCCACUGCAAUUAUCUGGCGAAAUUUGUAUUUCAGAAAGUGGAACGCCCUGCGAGUCUGUCAUGCUCAUCCCGCAAGACAAACCUCAGUUUCUGUGGUAACCGAUCUGAGAUUGUAACGCCUGAGCGAGUUAUACCCUUCGCCGGUGUUUUCUCCCGGCCCCAUCAAGUUUGAUCCACCUCCCAAACGACCGCCGUGUAGUACGAGCUGCAAGAACCCCAGCACCCCCGCAAGAACAGAUUCCUACAACAAAAAACACCUGGAACACGACCUUGCGGACGACCCGGGGUUUACGAAUGGGAUUCUUCCCCCUGAGUAUUUCGAGGAAGACGAGAAACAACUGCCGUGUGGGGCUCCCUUUAUACCUAUUAGGAACAAGGACGGCACGAUAUUAUUGCGACAGACACGACAAAACGUGCAUCCGAGCUGCAGCCGCGAGGAGGAAGAGAACAGCCACCAUCAGCAGCCUCGCCCAGCAGAAGAUGCGACUUCGGGAGGAGGGGAAGAAGAAGUGCUGCGCUUGGUUGACUGUCGGGGAAAUGACGUAGUUCGCGCCUGGGAUGACGAUUUCAUGCACUUCGAAGACCUGCCUCCCGAGGCACAGGAGCUGGUUCCCAUGCCGGAGAUUCUUUUUGCUUCGCUGGGUCGUGGAAAUAAGAGAAAGCGACGCAGAAGUGGGGCGUCAUCUCCUUCUUCGUCCGAAGAGCGCUCGUUCUCGUCGGAUCGCAGUAGCUGUAGUAGUGGUUCCGAGAGGAUGGAGCAGAAGAUCAGGAAGAAAAAACACAACUACACAAUUGACAAACUUCCGAAGUUUGUGUUGCCAGACCACAUGAAGAUUCGCGAGUUCGGAAAAUUGAAGGGCCAGUUUGGGUAUGAAAUUCGAAAAAUCAUACGUCGGAUGGGUUUCAGGACUGAGAAAACCAAAAGAAAAAGAACCUGUAGGUACUUCCUACUCGUCGUGCAGUUUGUCGUGCAUCAAGGGGUCGCUCGGCCCGCGCACCUUUGCAGAGCCUGGCGAGGAGCGCCGUUCUUCCAUCUGGUAUAUAUAAUUGUGCACCAUAAACAAGCAAAAGCAAUGCUGCUCGUGCAUGAUGCUCGGAGGUGCUCAUAUGUCGGUGUGAAUGAAAAACAGAAGUUGAUAAAUCCGGGUCAUUCUUGUUUUGCAGACUUGGAAGCAGCAGGCAAGCAAUGAGCUUUUUCUUGUCUCAGCAUAAAAAGUUAUUCAACUUCCAGUUUUCUGUCCGAGACGAACCUCCCCGCCGUGUUUGUGAUGCAUAUCGACCCAGCACCACCUUCGGCUUCCUCCUCGGCAGCCUCUGCCGGUGGGAACGCGUGCGGAUGGGAGAGGAGAUCGGACGUACUGUUUCGUAGUGGUACGAAGCAAAGUAGUUGUAGUACAUCGUCAGGGGCGGGUCUCAAUUUUCCAAACAACCGGCCGCGGCGGUGAAGCAGGUUGCGACCUCAUCAAAGUCAGGCUUUUUACGAUGUCCGAUACAAAACAUUCUCGGCUCCUGCAAGUGCCUAUGUCGUGACAAGCACCAGUUUACAACGAACAGCACAGGUGCCCGAAGAUGCGUCCUGUGAUGCGUGAACCCCCCGUGGUGCAAUAACUUGUAAACAAAUUAAGUGCGAUGCGAGGGCAAUCAUAUGCUCUUUUUAUUUUCAGCAGAUCAAGAAGUCUCGAAGAGAAGUAGAUUGACAU